UUUAGUAAAAGGGUACUUUUUUGGUAAUGGAAACUACUCAAAGAGAGGAGCUUUCGAGCUUCUUAAGUGUUCUUCCUCCUGUGGAUUUCUGUUGUGUUUAUGGUUCCACAUUGCAUCCAAAUAACCAAGAUAAGUCUAAAAUGGUGGACUAUAUCCUUGGAGUCUCUGAUCCUAUGAAAUGGCACUCUCUGAAUCUGAAAAUGAAUUCAGAUCACUAUGCUUCGUGGAUGGUUCACCUUGGUGGAGCCAGACUGAUUACGAAUGUUGCCGAUAAAGUAGGAGUUGGAGUUCACUUCAAUCCGUUUGUCAACUGGAACGACAGGAAGCUCAAGUAUGGGGUUGUUCGGAUGCAUGACCUAGUACAGGACAUACUAGACUGGAAUAGAUUCUACUUGAGUGGCCGUUUACAGAAACCGGUUCAUAUGCUUGUUGAUAAUCUGGACAUAGAGGAUGUGAAUUCUGUUAAUAAGAGAGCUGCAAUAUCUGCAGCUCUUCUUCUCUUACCAUCAAAAUUCACCGAGGAAGAUCUAUAUGCCAAAAUAUGCAGCCUUUCUUACAUGGGAGACUUGCGCAUGUUUUUUGCAGAGGACACUAAUAAGGUGAGAGAGAACCCAGUCAUGUUCUUUAGUCAGAUAGGUAUGGAGAUGAUGCGUUGCUUUGAAGCUUGGGUUCCCUUGAGGAAGUGGAUUGGGGGAGCUGAAACUGCAGCUUAGAAGAGGAGAAGGCUACUAAAAUUAGUGUUACCUU